AUGGCUGCUGUCUUCGUGCCGCCGUCGCCUCGCACAUCCUUGAAUAUGUCGACUCGCCGCCCACUCGCUAACGUGCCGAAUGCUACCAACUCGCCUCACCGGGCUGGGCUCGUCCCAGCUAAACGAGCAAGAUCAGGACAAGUCGAUAUACCGUUUGGUCAACCUCCCCCUAAGAAGCACGUCAUGGACGCGGUAGAACAGGAUCGAAAUCGCCUCAUUGUCCCCCAAGGCACCGAGUCAAAGCUGUUUGCGCGUCGAAGCAAUAAUGCAAACCCUAGUGCAUUUGAGAAGAAACUCGUGGCCGCCCGAGAGAAGGAAAGAGUGGUUCCAAGCAAGACGGCCAGAAACGAUAGACCUACCGCUGAUACCAUCGACACGAUCCGGCAAUGGCAACGGCACUACCGGAAGGCCUUCCCCCAAUUCGUCUUUUACUUCGACAGUAUCCCCGAGGAUGUCCGUCGCAAGUUCUCUCGCCAAGUUGUGGCUCUCGGAGCGUGUGAGGAGAAGUUCUUUUCUCGACUAGUCACCCAUGUAGUGACUGCUCGUCCGAUUCCCCCCGAGGCGGUGCACGCAACGACUUCGGCAGACGAUGCCAGCAACGAGAUCAACAGGGCCGGCGGAGACAACACACAGACCGUCAAUCCAUCUCUGCUCGAGAGAACCGGAGAUGACCAUCUGCAAGUCUCGUUGAAGGCCGAAGGUCGCCGAGAUCAGGGAAGCAUGGAUGUGUUGCAAAGAGCACGGCAGAUGGGAAUGAAGAUUUGGGCACUGGAAAAAUUGCAACGGAUGAUUACAACAAUCAACGAUAAUGACAUUGGUGGCCAAAUUGAGAACGCCUCUCGAAGCAAGCAUGUUGGCGGGAGCACUACCCAUGGAAAGGGGGAGAACGACCUCUCUCGUGUACUUCGGCAAGAAUUGCUCAAUGGUCCAUCUGAUCGUGAUCCUUUCGCCUCAAUGGAAAUGGUGAUGUUCAAAGGCCCUUUCAUCUACAUUCACGACAUGAAUGAAAAGACCAAACCGGUUAUGGUCCGAGAGUACGCUAGAGUCAACAGACGACAGGACGGUGCAUGGCCACAGUUCCGGAGCGCUCCUUUGGGCAAAUGCCCAUUUAUCGACGAACCACCAAGCCGGAAGGAAUAUGACAGACAGCGGCUCCGUCAAGCGCAGAAAGAGAAAAAGGCAGCGCUUCAGAAAGCGGAGGAGUCCAAGAGCAAGGCCUCGGCAACCUUUCACCCUCACACUCACACGCAGCGCCCUAUCGAAAAGAAGCCUAUUGCGGAUGCACCCAAAGCUAAGUGGACCGAUGAUGAACCUUCCCUCAAACAAGAGGAAGUUUUCGCGAAGCCUAGCCUGGAUGAUCAUAAUGAGCGCAAGAGCUCGGAGAGUUUGAUUCCUCUCCAUUUCCCUCGCGCCGGUCCAUUUUACAGUGGCCGGGAGCCUGCUGCGUCUGGGGUGCAGCCAUCUAAUGUGACGUCGGCGAUUCGCUCUCAGAUGAUCUCAUCUACUGCUGCAGCACCUGGUGCCAAGGCUGGACUCAGCAAAGAAGUUCAUGGCUUAAAGAGAAAAGUCUUGGAAAAAGGCACUGGCAGCAUUGUGCCCGGGUCCAUGGCGGCCCCUCAGCGUCCUAGUAACGGAUCUGGGUCUUUCUCCUCGAAGCAGGCCGAUACCAAGAAAACGAGCUUCGUGGACACAAGCACUCAGGGUGAUGGAGCGGGCAUCAAGCGGCGACGGGAUGACGGGGCUGCCCCCCAGAAGAGUGAGCGACGAAGAGACCCGAAACCUGGGUACUGUGAGAAUUGCCGCGAUAAGUUUGAUGAUUUUGAAGAGCACACUAUGACACGGAAACACCGGCGAUUUGCGCAGAAUACUUCUAACUGGAAUGACCUUGACGCUUUGUUGUCUGAUAUUCAACGGCCGAGAGAGGACUGGAACCAAAACGCGUGA